CGUCCGGCCGUGCAAACCGUUUUUCCGUCGAGCUCGCGCACGCGGUCCAAACCCACCGGGGGGGUUAUAUAAAAAUUUUCCUGGGGAAAAAGUCUGUUGAAACGAUUUCGGUGGCCUCAGGCGGGAAGUUGACGGUGUGUCUUUUGGACCGUUGUGGCCACGUGCGAAGCUGUGCUCCAGUUGGGGGUGGAAAUUGUCUGGGAAAAGGGCGAUUUGGGAAGGUUUUCCCAGCGAUUUAGUGAGGAAAAUCGGCGAAAUAGGAAGAAAAAAGUUAUUUUUAUUAAUAUAGUGCUCCCGGGAAUGUACUGCAGGUCUAUAAGAUGAGUGGUAACGUGCCGCUGCGAUCGCCAACGCCUCCAAGCAUGGCCAACAAUCUGGCCUCGUCCAGGUUCAGAAGCACCAGAUCGAUGCCAUCAUGGGUGACCGAGACUCACGAUCGGGUAGGCCCGGAACCGCCGCCACCGCCGGGCAAUGCCGAUCCCGAGUACGAGGUCAUCGAUGUGGCCAACCAGCAGCAAUAUUCCAACGCGCCGCCACCGAUUCCGCUCAAGUCACCGGAUAUCAAACGCAUGACCGUGAUGAAGUGCGACCUGUGCGGCUCCGGCCAGCCGACGGUCCGCUGCGAGCAGUGUGACCACAAUCUAUUUUGCGCCUCGUGUGACGACCGCUACCACCGUCAUCCCAAGCGUCAGACGCACACCAGAACGCCCGUUGAAGUUCCAAAUGCCGCGGCGUCCACUCCGGCCACCCCUUCCGCCGUUAAGCCCCCGUUGCCACCGAAGGGUGAGGGCGGCGUGGGUGGUCCGUUGCCACCACCCCGGCGGAACAAACGUCCCGGUAGCUUCCACUUUCCCAGUCCCCUGCUAGGCCGCAAGCAGGACCAGGACCAGACCCGGGUCGUUUUCGUUGGAACACCUCGGCGAAACGAGCACUAUGUUGCCUGCUUUCUAACUCCCCAAAACAGCCUGCAAAGUGCUGUCUGCCCUGACCAGACAUCUAUCUCCAGUAUGGGAUCGCACGGAUCGACAACUAAUCUGCAGAAGCCACCACAACCUCCGCCAAGCCCGGCGCUGUCCUUGCGUGACAAGAUGAACUCCCUGAAGCGUUUCAUACAUCCCUCGAACCGCCCCCUGCCAGAUCCUCCAGAGCAGAAGAUUCACUCAUCCAACUCAUCUCUGGACACGAUCUCCAAGCGAUCCACGUCGGUUGGUGCCAACAAGUCCGUGUCGAGCACGAUGGAGAAGAUCCAGAACAACACGGCGGCCACGUUGGACCGCAUGACUAUGCUUCAGCAACGCUACCGACAGCAUCAGGAAACGAUGAAAUCCGAAGGCGAUCGAAGCCGACGAGCGAGUCUCACUUCCAAUGCCGAUCUUCAGUCAGCGCAAAAUAUUCGCACAAAACCACCAUCAGUCUCAUCAACACUCCACCACCAACAGCAGUUCCACCAACAACACCACGCAAUGCAAUCGAGAUGGAUCGAACCGCCGACACCCAGAAUAAGAUCUGGCAGUGUUGCUUCGGGUAUCAAUCUGCUACCCCAAAAUGUUUCUUCCGCGGCAGGGAUGCCUCCCGAGAGCAAUCCUCCCAGCAGCCCUAUUAACCCCCCGUUUGUGUCCUCCUCGCAGCGUCCAGACUUUGGUAGUAGUCCGGAUUCGGCCGUUGGCCCGAUGAAUCCUCGUAGUACCUCAGUCUUUAACCUAAACCAAGCACACCAACAGCAGCAACAGCAGCAACCGCAGCCCAACAUGUGGGGAUUCAACCCGUUGCAACAGGCACAAUCGAUGGCCCACAUCAACUUCAACCCGAUGCACUGGAACCAGAUGAACGCGUGGAUGGCAGCGGGACAGUCCCAGAAUGGGUCCAACAUGAGCCUCAACAUGCCCUCGUCGCAGGGUGGCUACCCGCACGAUCACCCAGCUGCCGGAUAUCCGUGGGGUGGCAUGUACCCACCACCCUACCCGAUGGGAAUGAUGCCAAUGAUGCCCGGAAUGGCAAUGCCACCACCCCGCUCGCGAGCCCAAUCGCGAUCCCGUGCCGCCUCUCCAGCGCUCAGCAUUAAAUCUCGCAAGUCGACCAUGUCGAUGCGGAACCUGCAACGCAACAGCUACAUCAACGACCUCACGGAUGACGAGGAUUCGGACGAGGAGUUUACCCGCUCACGGGGACGCCGUGAUCGUCACCGUCGUGUGGACUCCAACAGCAGUCUGGACUUUGACGAGCCGGAACCGAAUGCGUUUGUGCGUGCUUCCAGCGUGAAACACUCGCGCUUCAAUCGGGAUCGCCGCGGAGCUUCUUCGGCACGAUCGUUGAUUGAUUAUCCCACGGGGAGCUCAAACAGGCGGGAUUCGAUGCCAAGACCGCGGUAUGAUCGCGAGGAGUUACUGCGGGAUCGGUACGAGAAGAUGUCGCUCUCUUCGCCGAGGAAGGUCACUUCCGAUUCGAUGACGAAUGAUUCGGACGGGGAGUCGAACCGCAGAUCGAACAGGUCAAAGUCGAACAACGAAAGCGUUAGUUCACCGCGCAAGAUCGCGUCCGAUUCGCUCACGAAUGAUUCUGAUGUUGAUGUUCAGAAGCGUCGACUUGCGAAGGGCAAGGCUUCCAGUGGAGUUUCGUCGCCGCAGAGAAUUGCUUCGGAUUCGUUUACCAAUGAUUCGGAUGCGGAGUUUAUGCGACGGAAGCAAAAGAUGAAGGCUGCCGCGGUUCCGCCGAAACGGAUGGAGUCAGACUCGGUAACAGGAGAUUCCGAUGUGGUAAGAGAACGAACCAAAUCGGUUGGUAGCAAGAAGACGAACGAAGCGGAAAAGUCUAAAUCUGCAAAGUCCAAAACGAGUAAGACGACCGCUCCGAAGAAAAUUCCAUCAGACUCGCACACUCCGGACACGGAUGGAGAGCAGAAGCGUGGCAGAUUCACUAGCAAGAAAGUUGUGAAGAAGAAUUCCAGCACGGAGUUCCUGCCGACCGAGUCCGACAUCGAGUUCGAGCGGCGCAAGGAAGCUAAAAAGAAGAAUUCCAACAUUAGCGGUCCUCCACCAGCAGCCAAAUCUCCACCAAAGCAAUCCGAGGAAGACGAAGAAGAAGAAGAGACACACGCCAAGACCGUCGAGUUGAAGAACCACAUCAACGAGUCCAAGCUGGAAGACUUCGCCACGGAAGAAUCUCCCCCACCCUCCGCCCCGAUCGUGGCCCCCGAUUGCGAAUGGGAGUGCACGUUCUGCACGUACGUCAACGAAGCCGGCGUCAAGAUCUGUGCCAUCUGCUGCAAAACCGCCACGGUGGCCGGCAAGCUGGAUGAGGAGCAGCAACCCCGCUCACCGCCACCGGACGUCGUCCAGGAGCCACCCUGCGAGAAGAGAACCGUUCAAAGUCCCGUCGAGGCGAAGAAACUGCUGCAAACAACCAUUGCACCUCCCCCGCCGCCGCCACUAGCCAAAGAAGUCGAAACCAAGAAGAAAGACUAUGAUGAUGAAGAGCAAAUUGGUGUUGUUGGUGAUGGUGGUGGUGCUAAUCGAAUAGUUGAACAAUCAGAAAAACCAAGUAAAAAUUAUCAAGAGGAAGAAAAUCAGUACGAGAACCAUGAAAUUCAAAGUGGCCCCGAACUCGAAUGUCCGAAAGGUAGUGGUGAGAUCAGGCAAAAUCUAGACAGUGAAGUGGUUAAGGUAGUCACGAAGGUCGUUAAGGAACGGGUCUCCACCGGUUGUGGUCCGUCGCCACCGCGCGAGGUCGAAGUUAGUGCGCGGCAGGGUCACGAUCAGGAGUCCGUCCGCGAGAAUGAGUUCCAGGAGAGCGGCAGCAGGCGGCAACACUCCACGAUUGGAACAUCGCCCCUACCGCAGGAUAUGUCCACGCAGACCUACGACUCGUUCGAACAGGUGCGCCAAGAAGUGGCCCAGGACAAACCAACCAACAACCUCGCCCAACCGUCGAUGAGCGGCAACUACCAGCGAUCGCACUCGAUCGCCACACCCCAGCUGCUCGAGCCUCGUCCCGGCAGCCGCCACAGCUUCUCGAGUGACACACAGAGUCUUCCACCGACUCCGCACGAGCUGAGCCCACAGCCGCGUGACUUUCACCAGGCUCCGCAUGAUCAGCAGCAAAAUGUUCACCACCAUCAAAACGCUACUCCAUCAACUACCGCAACCUCGACAACGACGCCACAACGCCCGCCUCCGUAUCAUGACGAGCACCUGUCCUACCUGGACCGGGCCAUCCAUCAAAUCAUUCAGACGGCCGCGGCCAAAACCACGUUCAGUACGGCCCGCCCGCUGGACCAGCACAAGUACCGCGCGAUGACCGACCUGAGGCGGAUCGACCAACAACCGCGCAACAGCGCGAACGUCAGACCGGCGACGAACAACAUGACUGAGCAAGUUGAGGAAACUGCGCAACGCAUGGAGAAGUUGGUCCUCUCGGAGCAGCAGAACUCGACGGAUCCGGCGGUGAUCCUUCUGAAGGAAGCGGAACGCUACAAGUUUACAGCUGAGGAUCUGCAAGCAGCGCUGGUGCACUGCAAGGACAAACAUCCGGUGCAGUGGCUGCGGGAUAACUGGCUGAAGCUGGUCGACACUGUCCAGACGUUGGCCACCAAGUACGGUCACGAGAAGCGCGAGAACACGAUCGGUACGAUCUCGGCGACGGAAGCGCGCGAAGCGCUACGCCUGCACAAGGGCAACAUCUGGCACGCCAUUACCGAGUGUAUCGAGCAGCGCCAGAAGAAGUACAAUGAGAUCGCCUCCAAGGGGAACUUUACCCGCGAGGACAUUGUGACGAGCCUGACGGCCCACCACGGUAAUCUGGAAGAUGCGUUGGUUGAGCUGAGCAAGACUCAGCUUAAGCCGUUCCUCAUGAGGAUCUGGGGUCCUCCGAACGGAGAUGACAACGAUUCGGGUAACUUACUUCUGCAGCAGGCACUGCAAGAGGAUCGGAGUGGAAUUAGCAGCGAGAUUCAGGAGUUUAUUAGCGCCCAUGUCGAAAAAGAGCUUCUCUCGAACGGCAAGACGAACCAUGUCGAGGAGGUGGAAGCGGUGAGUCCUCCAGUUAUCGUACCGGAAGAAACUACUAACCACAGUGCGACGACGAACGGUCACCACGAGGAGCCGGUGGUGGAGGAGACGAUUCCGUCCAACACCGUGAUCCUUCGCGACAUCGAGAGGCUCAUCGAUCAGAUGGAGAAGAAUCAGGCGACUCAAAACGAGGACGUGCUGAAGAACAUUCAGCACCUGCUGACGAAGCUAGCUGAACAGAAUGGCGUUUCCAGGCCGGCAUCGCAAGCAUCGGUACGUUCAGAAUCAUGCGAACGAAUCAUCGCCAAGAGUCCGAUACCACACCAACGAUCGAGUCAGUCAUCCGUGGACGAGACGCAACCCAUCUACGAGGACAUUCGCAAGUUCAUGACGGAAAACAUCCAGGAAAUCCUACCGAGCCUGGUCGACCAGGUUCAGAACGAGUUGAAAAACGCCCCCAUCAGAACAGAGAAGACGCUCGAGGACGACAUCAGAGAGACGCUGAUGAACGCCGAGUACACCGAGAACGACUACGCAUCCAUACAUACCUUCCCAUUCAAAAAAGACCCACCAAAGACGGAGACUUCCAACGACUUCCCCGACUCGAAGAAACGAUCUUCGAUGGGAUACAAGGACGCUCGCGAAGAGGAGAGCGAAUACGCCAACAUACAAGACUUCCUACACCGAGCUAUACGAACCGAACGACUGACGAGCGAAUUCGAGCAGUUCAAACAUCAGAACUACCGAGUUGACAGCAGCUCUGACGAAGCCAGGAUGACGGCGGAGUCCGAUUACUACGACAUUGUGGCGGUGAAUCAGCGCAUCCAGGACAUCCUGGACAGACAGCGUGCGAAGCACGAACCAACCCCGAACCCGCCGGAACAUAUAGAACCUCCACCAGAAACGGUGGAACAACCUGAAGAAGCAAUCUACGUCAACACUGCAGAAAUAGCCGCCAUGCGGGCAUCUGCCGAAGCCGCGGAGAAGAAGCAACCCAAGAAGCGUCGUGUUUCCCGAAUCCCCGUCAACAAAAACAACUAUCUUCAGCGACGUCCAGUGAAGAGCUCGUCGGAGAGCGACUUUGAAGCGGUAGCGCAGAAGGACUGGACGCACGUCCCCGCCGCACACGUGGAUCACGUGGAAGAACUGCGACACGUCGUCGACAACAUCGAAAAGAUCGAGCACGAGCUGGAACUGGAUCCGUACGAAGCGGAAGCGGCUGAAACACCAAUCUAUGACAACGUUACCUCAACGACCGAAGCUACCGUCGUUGAGAAGGUUCCUGUUGCGGAACAGCCGCCGAACCAGCAAGAACAGGUCCCCGAAGAUAGGGCACUAGAAACGCAAGUCGAAGAAAGUCACGAUCAGAGCACCCCUAGAAUAGAGGUUCCAACUAACGAAGUAGACGUAGUCCCUGCAGCUUCCACUGACGAGCACGUUGAAGAAGUAGCUAGAACUCCUUCCCCUCACAACCCUCCAACAACUAACGACUCAGUAGAGCCCAAGCCAUCCCCUACCCAAUCACCUCCAAAAUCCCCAGUUCAAGCCGAAGAACCGUCUCAAUCUCCCCCGAAAAGCCCCACCAUCAUUGAAAUCGUUGAUUCCGCCGAGAACCACCAAGAACCAACCGCGGACACCUCCCCAACCCAAUCCCUGUCGUCGAAGCCCCAGAACAACCUGUCCGACCUGGUGCUCGACACGAAGCGGCUGAUUCAGCAGAUGAAGGACGAAAUCGCGUCCGACAUGGCGACCAUGGCCGACGAAGACGAAGUGUACGACGACGAGUACUACGAGGAGGGUGACGACUACGAAGACUGGAGCGAGGGGGACGAAAACAUGGAAGAGUGGGACUCGAACGAGGAGUACGACGUCGACGAGAACGGCGAGUACUACGAGUACGAGGACGAGGACGACGACGGGUCGGUCAUGUUCAGCGAGGUGGCGCCCGAGGAUGUCGUGCAUCCGGAAGUUCAGGAGGACAAGCCUGCUACCCCGAGCGGGGACAAAACCGUAGAGGAUAAACCGGAACUGCCGAAAAUGAACGCGGCUCUCGUGCGGGAGAUCGAGCGGAACAGUGCCUCGGAAGUGAGCGACCUUCCGCUGGACAGCGACUUCAACGACGCACUCAGUGUGAUCGAACAGUCUGUCGGUGAAAUCCGGGACAUUCUCAGCCUGGCGGUUGGUGCAUUGACUGAAAACAAUCCACCUGCUGAGUACGACGAGUCGUCCAGCGCGGAAACCAUGCAGAACAGCCCGGAAACGAGCGAGUUCAGCGAGCUCACGCUGGUGGCCGACGUAAACGAAGCGACUGAACCGACGCUGGUAGCGGAGGAGAACCUACCGAUGACGAUGAAGAACGUGCAGUCUUUGCUGUCGGCAAAGUCCGUCAUUGGGGAGUUUAUCAAAACUGCACAGUCGGUUGAGAAUGCAGAUGUCGAUGUUAUAUCAGCUCAGACGAGUGCAGCGCAAGCGCCAGCACAAACAUCAGCUGAACAAACAGAUGUAAUCGACGCUGCGAAGCAGAUUCUGUACGAAGCUAUCGAGAUGCACGCCGAAAACGAGACCGCUACCGCUACGCGAGCGCUGGACGCGACAAUCGAAAUGUUGAGCACCGUAGCUCGCGAGCUGAAUGAACAGCUGCGUCAGGUGUCACCGGUGCCACUGGUGGAGCAGACGGAAGGACCGAUUCCCGAGUACGCAACCGUAAACAAGAGCAAGGACUCCGGACGGUUGGAGGAAGCUCAAGGCGGUGUAGACGACGAAGGACCAGAGUACGUCAACGUCACGGAGCUACGGGCUAUGAUGCAGCAAGCCAACGAUUCAGCGGAAGAAGGCGGUGCGGAAGCGUACAUGCUCAACGGUUACAGCGAUACGGUUGAUACCGCGGACGAACCUGCAUUUAAUCAAUCUAUUCCAGAGUACGCAACGGUUAUCAGAUCGAGCAGGAAGGGAACACCGAGCAGUUCUGAUGUGGUGCUGGAGACGGAAGCAGAGGUUACAAGCGCAGAUCAAGCUGACAAUAUCGAAACCGCUGUAACGGUGGAGAAUGGCGUACAAGAAUUAAAUACCUUAGAGGAAGUUAUACCAUCUGAUGCACAGUCUGCGGUUACUGUAGAACCAGAAAUCGCAUUGAAUAAUAAUACUCAGGCAACUUCCGAGGUUGCGGAAGCCAGUACAGAGUCACAACCUGAAAGUAACGAGGAGCCACUGACUGAAGCAACAACAAUGGAUAUUCAGCCUGAGGUUGCUUCAACGGAAACGCAACCGCUUGAGCCACCAAGCCAAAACGAACAAGAAUCUGUUGAAGAAGCGCAACCGACAUUAUCUGAAUCGACACCAGUCGAAGUAGCCGCUACGCCUGUAGAUAACUCUACAGAUAGCCAAUCUAGCGCCUCAGAACUAAUCUCCACCGUCGAAGUACUUCCUGCUCAGCUGGAAGCGGUAGCAGAAGCCACCAGUGAAACGAACGUUGAAGACACGGUACCACAGAAUACGUCCGAAGAAAUAGCUAUUGAGAAUCUUCCCGCACAGCAAGUAGAACCCGAAGUCGCGCCAGUUACGACCACAGCUUCCGAAGCACAGGAAGCUGCGACCGAUGAGACCGUGACUACAGAACAAGUCACGAAUCAGCAACCCAUUACGAACGGGGACGCUCAUCAUCCAUCCGAAUCUCGCGAACCAUCCGAAGAACCAUCAAGUUUCAUUGAAGUCCAUCCAUCGGAUGUCAUCGUUCAUUCUCCUUCCACCGAACCCAGUUCAGAAGCGCAAUCAUCCAACAUCUACGAGAACGUAGAAAUCGCUGCUCCAUCCGCUCCAUCAUCCCAACUAGCCCUCAAGAUUCCACCUGCUAACAUUGCUGAACAACCAGUAAGUACUGGAAGCAAAAAGUCACCUCCAUCCACACCCACCACUCCAUCCGUAAAGAAAACAAUUAAAAUCGUAAAAACUAAAACCAAAGCCAAAACAACCACGACAACCUCAACAAGCACAACAGACACCAAAACGAAGAAAUCGACCACAACCACAUCCGAUCCCUCUAGCCGCAGAAACUCUCUUCGCAAGAAUUCCGUCGGCGGUGUGUUCGGCCCGGUCCAAACCAACACCGUCAAGAACAUGCAGAAAGAGUUCCUCAGCAAGUCACAGAAAGAAGCAUCCAAGUCAGGCACCUCAACCACAGUCACCACACCGAAACCGAAGCCAUCCAAGCUGGUCCAGCCGAAGGCAUUCACUAAUAAGCUUACUACUAACUCACCCACUCAGCCGAACGUAGCGGCGAGCACAAGCAAGGCCUCGACCCCGGGACCGUCCGCCGAGCCGGGCUCGUCCCGCUCAACUCCGGGCCCGAGCUCCUCGAUCGGCUCGCGCGAAGGUUCCGUCACGUCCGAGCAGAAGCGCAAGCUGCGCAAAAAGUACAUGGAGACGUGCUUCAGCGACGAUUACAUGACCUCGGAUGACGACGAGGACCUGACGACGGUCACCGAAAGCGAGAGCCGCACAAUCAUUCGGUCGCUGGUGAAACCGUUCGAACCGAGCGAAGAACCGCUAGAAGUUCAAGCCCGUCGUCUGCUUGACAACGGAUUGGUCCAAAGCUACCAGCAAGCGGAGCUUGCUGUUCAGCUGAUCGAGAUGCGCUACAACCACGACAACGCGAUCUGGGCCGCGACCCAGUGCCACACCAUCGAGGAGGCCAAGGAUCUCCUGCAGAAGGAGUGCGAGCUGUGUCUGGGCGUGUACCCGAUGAACGAGAUCAUCUCGAUGCUCAAGUGUACGCACACGUGCUGCCUGGACUGCGCCAAGGUGUACUUCACCGAGGAGAUCACGCACCGCUCGAUCACCAACUGCAACUGUCCGUACUGCAAGGAGCCGGACCUGAACAACGCCGCCGUCACCGAGGACGACGUGCUGGAGUACUUCUCCAACCUGGACAUUCUGCUCAAGAACAUCGUGGACGAGGAGGUGCACGACCUGUUCCAGCGGAAGCUGCGCGAUCGGACGCUGAUGCAGGACCCGAAUUUCAAGUGGUGCGUCGACUGCUCGUCCGGGUUCUUUGCGCGGCCCCGCCAGAAGCGGCUGAUCUGCCCGGACUGUGGCUCGAUCACGUGCUCGUCGUGCCGGAAGCCGUGGGAAACCCAGCACGAGGGCCUCACCUGCGACAAGUUCGCCGAGUGGAAGGAGGCCAACGACCCGGAGCUGCAAGCGCUCGGUGUGGCCCGCCACCUGCAGGCCAACGGCAUCAGCUGUCCGAACUGCAGCUUCAAGUACUCGCUGUCGCGGGGUGGUUGUAUGCACUUUACCUGCACCCAGUGCAAGUUCGAGUUCUGCUUCGGCUGUAACAAGCCGUUCAUGAUGGGCGCCAAGUGCGACGUGUCGCCGUACUGCGCCAAGCUGGGCCUGCACGCGCACCAUCCGCGCAACUGUCUGUUCUACCUGCGGGACAAGGACCCGCGCGAUCUGCAGUCGCUGCUGAUUAUGCACAACGUGACGUACGAUACCGAACCUUCGGAGCUGCUGAAGCGCGAGUUUCUGCAGAGCGAGGCCACCUCCAUGCGGUGUCCGAUCCCGCUGCAGAAGGAAACGCCCGGCGGCCUGAUGGACACCAUCUGCAACGGGGACGUCCCCGACGGACACGCCGGAUUGUGCAGAACGCAUUAUGUUGAGUAUUUAGUCACGGCGGUAUCCAAGGCACAGAUCGAUCCCCUGCCAAUCCUGGACCUUACCGAUUGCGUCCAGGAGUUGCGCAGGAGGGGCCUACCACUGCCGGAGCGCGGUCCCUGGGAUACCGACGAGAUCUACCGGGGAAUGUGCCAGAAGAUCGUCAAGGAGCAAAUCCCGCUGAACUAGCAGUGCGACUACGCCUUCGCUGGACCUUCAACCUUCGUUAUCCCUAAUUUUAAGCAUUAUCUAAGACUAUUUAUGCUGUCAUCUCAAAAAACUGUAGGCUACACACAGAAGACGCUCACACUCUGUUUG